UCAUGGACAUUUUUCAUGAAAGAUCUCCCACUAUGCAAUUCGUAUCGGUUGUACCUUCAUAUAAAGGACAUUCUUAUUUGGAGUUAGAAGCUUAGUUAAGUUGAGCUACGUUAAAACAAACUAGGCUGCCACAGGACACACGAUGCAGACUGGAUAUUGAAUAAAAGUCUAUAUUUAGCCUCGACGUUCAUGGAUAUCUGUGAGUGGCGUGUGGUGAGUAUCGCGUGCUUUCUAAAAAUUGCCGGCUUAAAAUAAAUAAUCAUCUACCGUUCGCUGGGAACUGGAAACCGGACUGGCCUUGUCAACACGGAGUGAGUUCAGCUCCUUUUAAUCGAAAUCUGUUAUCCACGCACAAGCACAUUCAAUGCAGAGCUAGGCACACACUGGAUGACGGGUUUUGCGACGGUUAAUGACCACACGUAUCUAAAGGCAGUCAUAGGCGAUAUAAUUGAUGUCAUUGUUAGUCCUGCACGGCUGUUCUCUGGCCAUAACGCCUGCGCCAAGACGUAUAGCGAGAGAGGGUGUGAUUUAAAGCACACUAUAACAGCCUUUUUGGCAAGCGUUGAAGUGUGCAUUCUUUCUAUUACGAAUGCACGUUCCUUCGUGAAUGGGUCUGUGAAGCAGCGAUGCUCCUCGCCGUGAGCCCGACAGCGGCGUGCAGCUCGUGCCUGAACGCGGUUACCGAGUGGCUCUUCAUCUCCAACGCUCGCUCCGCCUGCUGCCCCGACCUCCUCGACGCAGCGGGCAUCACCCUCCUCAUCAACGUGUCACGGCUUCAACCCUUCCCGCCGGAGCCGGCCCCGGGGCAAGGUCAGGGGCAGAGGGUCUGCAUCCGCGUGCCCGUGUUCGAUGAACCCAGCGAGUCACUGGGCCCGCACCUGACCCCGUGUGCGGAUGCCAUCGAAGAGGAGAGGGUCCGUGGCGGACGGACCUUGGUCUACUGCAAGCACGGCCGCAGCCGCUCGGUAGCCGUGGUCACGGCAUAUCUCAUGCGGCACGGGGAGCUCUCGCUGCGGUCCGCCUUCCAGAAGGUGAAAUCGGUGAGACCAUCCGCAAGUCCCAAUGAAGGCUUCUGGAGACAACUGCUGCAAUACGAGGCUCAGCUGAUGUGUGGAACAGAGCCAGUGGCUGUGGGGAGCACUUCUGGAGGACCGAGGGACACCCUGGCCUCCCUAUGAUCAACUUAGCAGAGCAUGAGAUAGCAAUGGGGUGGGGGAAAGUGGCGAGCAGUCAUAAAUGUCGGGCAUUUGGAUAGUUUAUGAUGUUUCUGUUCUAUAUGACUGAGAGAAUGGGAUCCAACAGUUGUUUUGUGUGUUGGUGUGACCAACUUAUUUUUGCACAUGGAGCAAGGCAACCCGACCCAAGGUUUGCACCCACAAUCCAGUGGUUUCUGACUCGGUGUACCCGACACUUAAGAGAGGGAGAGACACCAAGCUCAGGAAUUGAACCCAGUUCCUCGGUGGUGCCAUUAUGAACCACCGCAGAGACACAUAGAACCAUAGAUUUAAGAAUAUAUUGGUGUCUCUAAAGCUAUAAGAACAUCCUUAGAAAGAGGAACACGCAGUUGCAAGGAAUUAAGCCCAGGAUCUUAGAAAUGUAGUUUCUCGCUAUGUGUUGCUGACAAGGCCACCUCACAGUCCAUUGGGUUUAAGAGUUUUACAAAUCUACAUAACCCACAAACUCUUGCCCCCCCCCCCCCCCCCAAAGCACUGUAUUACAGAUGUGUAAUUCCACACCUAACUAUAAUAAAAACAGGCUGGAUGAAUAAUGCCGAUGUCAGCCCUAGUCUAGCGUAUGUCUGAUACAACUCUAUUAGUACCUAUUCUGUGGCCUUGCAAGCGUUGCAGCAUUCACACCACCACGAUCACCAUCCCCUACCCGUCCCGUUUUACCAACAUCCAAAAUAGUUCGGCUUUUGGUGAGAGCGGUGCACCACUAGGGUCCUGUUGGGAAUCCAGCCCCGUGACGUCUCAAGUUGCAUUUCAGAGCAGGGCUGGCAUAACGCAUUGCAGAUACAGGGCGUUUCAGGUCGACGCUCCAUACACACAUACGCGAUGCACAUGUGUGUGUAUAUAUAUGAGUGUGCAAUAACAGUGUGUAUAUAUAUAACAGCGGUUCGCAUACUGUGCUACAAUUGCGACAACCUGGGUUUGGUGCACAACAUGAGGAGCAAGCAGUGUCCGGAUUUGACUUGGACUGUGGCAGCAUUCGGGAGAAAACGGUGGCGAGGUAUACAUUUGUCCCAGCUACAUUAUUGCUGACUCCUUGUCUGCCAAGACUUAGUAGGUGCUGCUAAUAGCACUUGACACGUAUGAUAUUGCCAAAUGCUCAAUAAUAGAAAUGACUAAACAUCACAAUGCAACAUCCUCUGAAAAAAGACAUCCAAACGACCCAGUGAGGUUUUGUUGGGUAAAUAAUUGUCACUAUUAUUAAUGUUACUUUAUACCACCAUUUAUUCGGCUUAAUGGGAGAUCUUUGUAUGUAUAUGUAAGCGUUUUUUUGUUUUUCGUGUGAAUUUUUUUCCGAGUGCAUGAAAGCACAUUUGCUGGGCUGUGCAACGCUUUCAAAAGCACUAGAGCCACCCGAAGUACAGACGUCAUAUUUUAUAUAUUGUUGCAGCCACAUUGUGGAAUUGUUCAUCAUUAUCUUAUCUUCACACAUGCCGCGGAGGCUUAUUGCUCAUUUAAUUUCACGGCGUUUUGUGCGACGCACACGCGACACACCAAAACACUCCACGGUCAAACGCAAUGAAUUCGUUGUUCUUAUUUGACGCCCGAUAACACGCUCAAUUAUUGCCGCGUACACAUGCCGUCAGCGGUUUUAAAGUACUGUAGCUAAAUGACCAAUGUAUACAUUGGACGGACGUGUGAAGUGCACACACGCUAAUGGUGUAAAAUUGUUACGCGAAAAAAUGGAUUACUGCUUUUACUUUACAAACAACCGGAUAUAACAAGGAGCAUUUAUCAAAUUGAACAAAUUAUCUAUAAAUGUUUUACGCACGUUUACACAACUCAAAAGGGUACACUGCAUGUAAAUGUCACGCACAACUGUGUACUGCUGUAAAGUAAAGGGGUGCGGGAGGGAGGGGAGUUUUCCAUGAGUGCUGAAGAAACCCACUGGUGCACAAAAGGAAAACAAAUAUUCUCCCACGCAGUCAGACAGCUGAGAACACAUUUUAGGGUUCGUUAGGGAUACAUAAAUGGCAUGCUUAAAACUGAUAUUGCCAAACUUGUUUCAUAAAAUCCAUGUUAAUGAUCAUAACAACAAGUUGGGGAUACACCGACUUUGUUUUUCUCAAAGGAGCAAUGGGUGGUGCUUAUCCACCACGGCAUCAGCGAGGAAAUCACCCAGCGGUGGAAAUGUCACAUUUCUGAGGCAUGAAUAUAUAGAAGUUUCAAAUUAAAUGGACAAUAGUCCUCUAUACACACACUCAACAGUUCCUUGCAAAAAUGCUAUUCUGUAACGACUUAAUCAGUAACAAUUUGGAUUACCGUUGUAUUGCAUGGCGAUGCAUGCGCACAGUUUUAAUCGUAACAACGAACACGAACUAAGCCGACAGUCGUCAUAAUUAGCCUUCAAUUUUCCCAAGCUCAGCUGCAGUUACAACCAUUACUUGACGUGCAAUCUGAAUUGUGACUCAUCGAAUUAACCCUGUUUGUGAUGGAAAGCAGGCAGGCUACAUAUAAUCAUGUAUAUAUAGGCUUUAACAUAGUUUCAACUUAAUAUAUUUUCAUUUAGAAACGUAGAGGCAUUCAUUGACGAGAUUUAGUCCCAUUUAAACACUUAACGUUUCAUUCUAUAACAUAUUGCGCCAUGUCCUACAUCAUAUUACUUGAAGCAAUAUAUUUUCUCCGGGCCACCAUUAAAAAUGGGGUAUAUUGUCAAGUGAGCUCUCAUCUGGUUAUAUUAUUUUAUUAUUACAUCUAUACUGCAUAAUUCACCAUCAGUCAUGUUCUAUCUACUGCCACUUUAUACGGCCUCACGGGCGCGUUCUCUCCGAUGGCUGCCACCCCAUUUGCAGGCCUACUAAUUGGCCACUAAGGGUCAACAAUGGCAGUGGUCCACAGCAUACGUUACAUUCAUCAGGAACAUAACACAACAAUCAUCUAGAGCCAUAGAUCUAUCAUUGGGCAAGGGACUAAAGAAGGAUCUUCUCAAAUGUCUCACGAAUCAGAAGACACGUGAAAUAAUAGGGGUGUACGCGGUGCUUAAUUUCAUCCUGAACAGCCCGGAGCAUUAUUCCGGAAAUAAUUUUUGCACGCCAAAUUCAUCUCAAAUUAUGUUGUCCUCGCGAUACUGUGGCGGGGUGUAGGAGUAUAGGGUACAAUUUAGUAUUAUGUGCUAGUGAAUUAUACCGAUUAUUUUAUUUAUACCUCAAACCAGACUAGCAGCUUUGCACAACCUAACGAGUGAUAAAUGAAGCUCUGAUUGUACCUCGGUGCUGGGUGAGAUAAAAAAAAGAAAUAAAUCAGCAAGAUGGAGGUGGAUUGGACACGAGGUGAAAAUGGACUUGGAUCAGGCUGCAAAAGAGCAUUCAUGAAAAAGAGGAAGAUGGCAACAGCAUAAAGCAGACCAAAUAAAAAAAAGUUUGUUGGGUUGUGUCAGGGAGGACCUUAUAUAUCUGGGGAUGGGAAUGGAACAAGCAGACGAGGUCAUAAGAGACAAGAAGCGGCGGAGGAAAGUGCCAAGGUAAAUCCAACUGCAGCUGAUGGGAAUAAGACGAAUAAGGAGAUUGGUAGUGGUGCACGAAUGCAAACAAAAAUAUAUCGGUAUCAUCAUGAACAUGGUUUUAGAACGAAAACAUUUUUCAAGAUAACGUUUGGACAAUGGCCGUUCGUUAUACUGGCAGUACUAUUGUCAUUAUAAUCUGACUACUAACAAUGCGUUCUCUUAGACUCUAAACUAAAUCUACUUUUAUCAUUAUACCAUGUAAGGCCCACUGAGCUAUUUGGAUUUUUUUCAGAAGCGACCUGACCGCAAACGAUAACUCAACGAAGUGGCUCGUGGAAAAUUACACCAGCCAAAUAUUCUAAACGCAUAUAAUAGAGAUGUAAUAGAUUAAUAUAUUUUUAGCAGAAAGGAACAUUGCACAAAACGUUACUCUGGAAAUAAAAUUUUCUCUUAUAAGGCAGUGUUAAUGAUGAUUUUUUUGUGUUGCAUUGUUGGCUGUGACAUAUCCUGUAAAUAAUGGUAAUGCUAAUUCAUUAGCACUGGCAUUUCACGAGUUAUUUCCAUUCCGUUAUUGUAUUAGCACAGAGGGAAUUUCCGAUAUGGCAGUCAUUUACAGGAAUAUGAUUGCUGCAAGAAACACCAUCUAAACUUAAGCUGUACUUAAUUAAGUUGUAUUUUAUUUUGACAAAAUACUUUUAGGAAAAUUUUGAGUUCAACAAAAUUAAGUAACAAAUCAAAACGCGAGCGCAUUUUAAGACUGGGAGAUCCGAAAUCUCCUAAAAUAUGAAACGAAACUAAUAGUACGUGACUCCAAAUGGAUCUGCAGACAUUGUUAUCGACAGGGGUGAUUCAUCCAUGUUCACCACGUUUUUUAACGGAUAAAAUACGUGGUCACUAAAUUGAUCUCAUUGCUUUUUCACAGAUUAAAAAAAACAAAGUCACGCAAACUCGAUGUAUCCGCAAUAAUUUUGUGGAUAACAGGAGUUGAUUUGAGGAUAACAGGAUAACUCCUCUGAACCGCGAAUUUACUUAUCCACAAAACAAGCACCCACAUCAGACGUUUUGUUCACGUCAAUGCCUGCGGAAAGGCCUUCAAAAGGGGGAGCUUUAGAGAGCCCCCCACCCUCCUCCCAUGGAGGGUAUUUUCGUCUACUCUUCCACCCUAACCAGACGUCGCUGGAUAAAAGUGGAAGCACCCACACUUCACCCCACCACACACAAACUACCGAUCGCCUGCGGGGGGGGAGUUGGGGUUUAAGAAACUUGCACCAUUAUUUCAAGUAACCGCGCCGGGGAAUCGAACCUGCGACCUCUGUACAGCACGUCCAGUGCCCUCACCAUUACACCACGACAACAUCUGACAUGCCCUCACCAUUACACCACGACAACAUCUGACAUGGUGAUCAUCAAUUUUAGAAGCGGCAAACUCUAAAGUGAGAAAUUAUUAAAGGCAAAAGUCAGUGUUUCCCUGCUCACGUGAGUGUGGGGGCGCGGCCCAUAAACACCAAAAAAUUGGUGGAAAUUCCACAUUCAUAUGGCGCGGACCACAUUGUGUAAAUGUACCGUAGAGCCACACCAAUCAUCAUGCAAACGCGUUUGCAUGUUGGACUAUUGCCAAUGCACUGCUGAUGAGGGCUUCCCCACGCCGCGCAUGUCUUGAGGAUUAUUUGACCAUACUUCACCACGCUGGUCUGUGAAUUGAAGGCGGUGAGGGGGGGGGGUGUUACGCAUCGACGUGGGAGCAUACAAGUACAGUACAACAAUGGAUUUUGCUGCACAGCGUAAAUUGUCCGUCACUCAAGUACUCUUAUUGUGCAUGUUAUCUUCAUUGUGUGGUCAUUAUUAUCACUCUAUUGUUGUACUGUAUCAUGUUCUCCGGUACGAAACGAAGAUUAAACCCGAUUUAAAA